AGCGUGUAGCGCGUAGCAUGCAGUCCACCAGUAUUACUUUGUAACGUUUAUAAACAUCAUUGUUAUUAUAAAUGGCUCCCUCGUGUGUCUACACGGCUGUGCUGCAGCUGCGUCUUUAGUUUCGGGUUUCCGAAGCUGUCCGAAUGUUCCCGAAGGUUUCCGACUCUCGCCGCCAGUCGUGCCAGUUUUUCCGCCCUGUCCGCGUCUCGGAGCCGGGGAUCUGCUUCCGUCCAUGGCCGUGCAUCCAGGCUUUAUUUACCUUCAUUUAACGCGUUCGUUUGGUGUAACGCGAGGCGGAUAACACGCGUCAGAUCAGCAGGAGCGAAGCGACGAGCGUUUGUUCCUGCCGAGAGAUUUUUACUGCGCUGGACUGAACGGGCCGAGCGAGUCCAGAACACAUCAGACCAGACCAGACCAGCAUCAGUGUGGAUGUGCUGGAGCUCAGCGGCGCGUCUGGAAACAUCAGCAGAAGCAGGUUAUUUCUGCUUGUCUGUCUUGGGGUGAGCAGAGGAAGAGAGAGAGUGAGAGACACAGACACAGACACAGACGGCCGUCUCUCUUUCUCUCUCUCUCUCUUCACCUGCGUCCGCCGCAGGAGCAGUGUCUCUGUAAGGCUCGGGUCUCUGUGGCGCAGCUUCUGUCCGAACCAUGACGUCACCCCCGUCCCCGCUGGCCUCCCCGUCCCCGUGUCCUCCCCCCCCUCCCUCGCUCCCGUCCUCCCCCACGCUCUCAUCGUCUCCCGCCCCGUCCUCGCGCUCCCCCCUGCUCCCCCUGCCGCCCGCUCUGCCGCCCACCGGAGAGGUCAUGAUUCUGGCUCUGGGGCGUAAGAAGCAGCGGCUCUUCAUCGCUCUCUCCAUUCUGCCCAACCUCUUCCUGGCGUUCCUGUUGUCCUCUGACCCGCUCCUGACCCUGGCCCCGCCCUUCCGCUGUCGUCUCCCGGGACCCUCGCCCGCUCCUCAGGUGACCAACGCCUCCGUGAGGACGGAGAAAAGAGACGGAGAUCUGCCACAGUGCAAGCAGUUCGUCAACGGCACGCGGUUGGGUGUGAAGGACUGUGACGCUGGAUACGACUACAACGUCACCGAAGGCCUGACCAAUAACAUCGUCACAGAGUGGGAUCUGGUGUGUUCGCGGUACUGGCUGGUUCCAGUAGAGGAGGUGUGCUUCAUUCUGGGGACGUUGACAGGCUGUCUGGGUUUGGGCUACAUGGCUGACCGGCUGGGCAGGCACAAGUCUCUGCCGGUGUCUCUGAUGCUGGCGGUGGUUUUCGGGGUGCUGGUGUGUGUGUCGCCCUCACCGCCGGUCUUCAUCACCAUGCGCUUCUGUCUGGCCGCGGCGAGCGCCGGCGUCUACCUCACGCUGUACGUCACACGUCUGGAAUUCUGUGACCCGUCUCAGCGGCUGCUGGCGACGAUGAUGUCCGGUCUGACCGUGUUCGCAGGCGAGCUCCUGCUGCUGGCUGUGGCCCUCGGCUGUGGCUCCUGGAGGGGCCUGUUAGGAACCGGAGCAGCUCCUCUGUCAUUGUUCCUGUGCUAUGGGAUCCCGGGAGUGUUUCCCGAAUCCCCGCGCUGGCUUCUGCUCUCCGAGAGGACGGGAGACAUGAACUCCUUCAACGAGCGGCAGAGAGAUGAUGACAGCUUCACGGAGCUGGACACAGACUCGUCCUCGUCUCCUGGACGUCCUCACCUGUCCUUCCCGGAGCUGCUGCACAGCAGAAACAUCUGGAAAAACCUGUGUGUGCUGGGGUUCACUUCGUUCAUCUCUCAUGGCAUCAGUCACUGCUACAGCUCCUUCAGAGGUGAUGUCAGAGGAUUCACCCCCAGUUUCUAUUGGACGUACCUGCUGUCUGUAUGUGCAGGGGGCGGGGCCUGGCUGUUGCUCUGGGCAACAGUGGACAAGUUUGGUCGUCGUGGAAUUCUUCUUCUAGCCAUGACCUUGACCGGACUGGCCUCCCUAAUCCUGCUCGGACUCAUGGAGUAUCUGAGUGAGUCAGCCAUGACUGUGUUCUCUAUAAUGGGCCUGUUCUCGUCCCAAGCGGCCGCCUCCCUCUCCAUUCUGUUCACCGCUGAAGUCAUGCCCACCAUCAUCAGAGGAAGUGGUGUGGGAGCGGUCAUGGCUUUGGGUUGCGUGGGCCGCCUCAGUUCUCCUCUCAUGGAUCUGCGUAAUCACUACGGCUACUUUCUGCACCAUGUGGUCUACUCGUCUCUGGCCCUGCUGGCGGUCCUCUCCAUCCUGCUUCUCCCGGAGAGCAAACGCAAACCCCUUCCACAGACGCUGGCGGAUGGAGAACAGUACCGCCGUCCUCCGCUGGUCCGAAGACGUAGGGAUAACGUUCCUCUUCUGGCUACGCCCAACCCAGAGACCUAGCCUUCACUCUUCAACCGCAAAUACUGAGGGACUGACCUCGGAGUCCUGUCCUAAUAAUACGUAUUUGUAGUCAUUCCUAACACGUGUCGGUGGAGUCGUGGCACAUGGACUCCGUCAUGAAGUGUGAGGGGUGAAGGGUACCGAACCGCGCCCAGAUUACUCAAAUGCUUGUCAGCGCUCAGCGACAUAAACCAUGAGACAAGGGCGUACACUCUUGACUAAACAUUGAAGUCUGACCCACGUAGCAUUCAGUGACUUAUUAGUAAUAUAUUAGACCAAUAUGAGGCAAGGGCUAAAAAUGGCAAUGAUCGUUUUGAAAUAUAUUUAUCCCUGUGAAAACAGGCUCAAGUUCUCACUCCAGAUGGAAGGAGGAUGGAAUCGGUUCUCUUAGUUCUUUAACACGUUGCUGCUGGCGAAGAAUGGCGCGCCCAGAGGAUCGCUGAAGGACUGAUCAGUGCCUCAAGGAUCGUUUAUGUGCACUCUGAUUAGACUGAGGCAUGAUACCAGAAACACUUAUUACUGUAUGUUACGUCACUCUUUGUUAAAGGAAUAUUAUAGGAAUGCAACUUGAGUUGUACUAUAUGUGCAAGAGCUGGGAUGUCUUAUCAAUUACUCCAUUUUAUGUCUCUUUUGCACAGCCAGGUGUUAUUUUUUUGUUGCAGAUGAAUUACAAAACCAAUCAAAAUAAUAACAGAAAAUAUAUGUAUAUCCUCCAUAUUUCUGCUUUUAACCAUCUCAAGUGCACCAUCCAUUCUUUACUGUGCACACUUAUCCUGUUUUGUACAAACUAACGGAGGAGGCAGAACAAUUUUGUUGAAUAAUUUGACAGCUUCAGUUGUAAUAAACCUGUAAUAUUCCUCUAAUGAGGCUGAUUGGAAUCACACUGCUCAUAACGUCCCUUAUUUCUGUUCCUUACCUUAAACAUAGAGGAUGAAGAGUAUGAUAGCAGAGGGAAGGAACACACAGGUUCAUUUGAAUGUUGACACUGUCAGGAUUUAUUUAUGUCUGUUGUCUUUCUAAUUUGUCUUUGCCUAUUGCAUUUUCAGUCUGAUUAUGAAAUAAGGAACACUGGAGCUUUGUAGCUUUCUCUUGUAAACGCAUCUUUGUGUUAGAUUCUUUAAAAUGCACUUAAUAGUUCUGAAUUGUUAGUAAUAAUUUGAACUAUUAUUAUUACUACUACUUUAAUAAUAAAGGAUAAUAGUAAUAAGUGAUGAUUGCGCAACACUUACUAAACAAUGCUGUAAUUAUAAAUGAAUCUUUAAUCAAGUCUAAUUACAAAUAAAAUCUGGUAAAUCCCA